ACACACGUACACACACACACACACACACACACACACACACACACACACACACACUCCACAGGAAACGGUGAGCCAUAAUGCGACGGCACCUCGGAGCAGACGGCCGCCUUUGCUCAAACCAAGAGGGGAUCCGGCUGCGGCUUUGAUAGCGCGUUAAUUACUCAUGUGAUGUGAUACAGAUGUCUGGGGGCUUCAGCUGAAAGUUUGCCUGACGCUUUCCGAGGGGGCCUGGCGGCAGACAAUUUUAUGAGAAGCGUGAUAACUGGGGAGCGGAAUCAAAGCGCAGACAGCGUUCCAUAAUGGGCGACGCAGCCUUGCGUAUGCUGCUGCUAAUGGCUUGUAUGGCGGCCAGAGGAAUGUGUCAGAUAAACAGCGCCGGAGCCGAGGAGGAGGACCCCAGGCCGGGAUAUCUCCAGCACUCCUCCACCCUGCGGCCCAGCCCGGGUCCCGCAGCCCACCCGGAGGCCGUGGUGUUGGCCAACACCACGGUGGUGAGGAGGCCCGUGCCGCCGCCCAUGUGUUUGGUGACCACCUCCAUCAAUGACUACUUCAAGUACAUCAACACGCUGAUCUCCGUGCUGGUGUUUGUGGUGGGCCUGGUGGGCAACGCCACCCUGCUGAGGAUCAUAUACCAGCAUAAGUGCAUGAGGAACGGGCCCAACGCUCUCAUCGCCAGCCUGGCACUGGGCGACCUCAUCUACAUCGUCAUCGACAUUCCCAUCAAUGUAUACAAGCUACUAGCGUCACGGUGGCCAUUUUACGACAGCGCCUUUGGCCUGUUCCUCUGCAAGCUGGUUCCUUUCCUGCAGAAAGCCUCAGUGGGCAUCACCGUCCUGAACCUGUGCGCCCUCAGCGUCGACAGGUACAGGGCAGUUGCAUCUUGGAGUCGAGUGCAGGGCGUCGGGAUUCCACUCGUCACAGUCAUGGAAAUCCUCUCCAUUUGGGUCUUGUCGAUGGUGUUGGCCAUCCCUGAAGCCGUGGGCUUCGACAUGGUCAGCUUCAACUACCGAAACCAAACCCUGCGCACCUGCAUGCUGCAGCCCAAGUCAGACUUCAUGGUGUUCUACAAGGAUGCCAAGGACUGGUGGCUGUUUGGUUUCUACUUCUGCGUACCGCUGACCUGCACCGCCAUCUUCUAUACCCUGAUGACCUGCGAAAUGCUCAACAACCGGAACGGCAGCCUGCGUAUCGCCCUGAGCGAGCACCUCAAACAGAGAAGGGAAGUGGCCAAGGCCGUCUUUUGCCUGGUCCUGAUAUUCGCCCUCUGUUGGUUCCCGCUUCACCUCAGCAGGAUUCUGAAGAAGAUGGUAUACUACCAGAAUGACGAGACACGCUGCGAGUUGUUCAACUUCCUUUUAGUUAUGGACUACCUAAGCAUCAACCUUGCAACAAUCAACUCCUGCAUCAACCCCAUCAUCCUCUACUUUGUCAGCAAGAAGUUCAAAAAUUGCUUUAAGUCGUGUUUGUGUUGCUGGUGCUACUCGGACAGCCAGCUGAGCAGCAUCGGAGCGAUGAACGGCACCAGUGUCCAGUGCAAAAGCCCCGAGCCCAACAACCUACUCGCCGACCGCAGCCUGCGGAAAGACAGCGACUGAGCAUGUGGCACUCGGACACUAGUCUAAACAGUUAGGCUUCCAAAAUAUACUAUGCAUUAUUAUGACACUUUUUUUCAGAAAUACAGUAUACUUAGGAGUACUGAUACAGCCUUGCAUGACACUAGCAGAGGCGCCAAGGAAAAAAAAAAAAGGUUUCACAGGAGUGGACAAAGUUACCUGGAGGGCUUCGAAUCACGGGAUGCAUUUGAACUGUGAAUUACCGUCAUGAUUCCAGAACAAGGGCAGGACGGUGCGGCACAAUGGAAAAGAAGACAACCAGCUGUCGGAGGAAAUGACGGCAAACGAGCGCUCGCAUCCAUCCCAGGAGUCAGAAAACAGGAAAGCGUGUUAGCGAUGAUUAAUUCUCCAUCGAACACGCCCGUGGAUGUACUCAUUAUUCAUUUAGCCUCAUUGUGUCAUCAACUUUUGAGCUUAAAGUCGCUCGGCAUCUUUGAAUAUUUCACAAACGAAUGGUCACAGAGACAGCAUAGGAAAGAUUUCCUCUCAAAACAAUGUGACAGUGGCAGUAUUCUUGCGAUAUUUUUACGAGCGUAAUUCACAAAACACGUACCCGUAUGUCCACUUUUAUAAAGUGAUUUUAUUUUUGGCCAGUAAUAGUAAAUAUUAAUCAGUGACAAAGGCAGAUGAAUAGUAACACAGUCCAUCCCUGCAUAUUCACGAUUCAGCAUUCACAAACUAGAUUUUUUUUUCGGAGCUUCAUAUCUCACCUAGCUCCUGUUUUUGUAGUCUGGCCAAAGCUUUGUCUAAUAUAAAAUAGUAAUUUGGCGCCAGAUGGGAACACCUUGCAAAGUAGCGAAGGUGAACUGAGGGGAGGAGCUUCAUUUAGUCAGGCUUGUCUCAUGAGAAAAAAAAGUUCUGUGGCAUCUUCAGGCAAUUACAAAACCUUGUUGGAUGGGCGUUAAUCCGUGAUAUGCAGAACAUCAUGUGAGUGAACUUGGAAACGUGAUCAUUGACUUCCGGUUACAAGCAAGGGAACUGGUUGGUGGCGAGAUUGUUAGAAGACGAACUUGCUUUAAAAAAAAUAAUCAAAUAAAAUACAUCUUUUUGCUAAUUUUGUAAUUAUUUUUAUUAUUCUUCAUAAUUAAUGGCUUAUCUGUUUGUGUAUGACCACAUCAUGGAUUUUUUUCCCUUUAAGUUAAAAGGUUCUACAUAUUUGGUGAAGAUACAGUCAGCUUUAUAUGACAACUCGAAACAACUUUUCAGUCCUUGCUAAUACAUAAGUACAAAAGUAAUUGAAUUGAUAAAUAAUAUUUGAUGGACAGUGUGUUGCCAGGCCGACUAUGCUACGUGAGCACAGCAAACUCCUGUGCCAACUUGCCAUUCCGCUGCUGAGCUAGUUAGCCGCAACAGACGCUAAGCUAAACCGGACGUGUCUAUUUAUUGGCGAGUAUUCCCUUCACAGCAUCAACACUUGGUACCAAAGAAAUAUUCUGCCUUUAAGUGUAAAUGUAUUUUCGCUUCCCUAAACAUUUGAAUGCACCCGUCCGACUGUUUGAUGUUUCAGUCCCAUUUGCAAUUUUUGCUUCGCUCAAAUUCAGCUCAAUAUUAUCUUCUAUUUUCAGUUCAUCCUGAAUAUUGACCUCAAAACCGACCAUAAACCAUUUUUGUGAGCAGCGUAUGUAUUAUUGCAAGUGUGUGUUUAAGAGUGAUGCAUGUAUAUCUUAAGUUGGGGUGUUUUGCACACUGUAUACAGAAGAACUGGCCAAAUAUGUACAUAUGUUGCCGUUGCUAUCAUUGUGAGCAUCACUUCUUAUCCCAAUAAAUCCAGGUCCAGUGCAAGUUUA